GCUUCUAAUAAUUUACAAAUGCACCUUGGCUUUGUUUCCCUUAAACUGCGAGCAGCUCGUAAGCCACCUCUGAGUUUUAGCCAGCGUGAUGGUUUUCUCUGCGGCGUAAAUGGACUAAGGGGCUGGGAAAAGUGGGUUUGGGGGUUGGAAAUCCUCGGAGUGCUGUGCUGGGCUAGGAUUGCAGAGGAAGCUGAGGCCUCCAGCUCUGCACAGGAAGCAAUCUUAGAGCAGGCCUUAAAUGCCAGAUUCCAGGCAGAGUUUAACUAACCACUGACAGCUCUGUAAACAAAGCAGGGACAAAAAGAGAACAGCUUUCCCUUUUCUGGUAGUCAUUUUUGGUUUGGGGGCUGCAGGGGAAUUCUGUAAUACUCAGCUUGAUGGGAUAUAAACGGAGGCUGGAAAAGCUUUGUAUAUGAAGAACUGUAAAGGGGAAAAUACUUCAUGGACUAAAUCCUAAGGAAGAAGAUUUGGAUCUUUCCAGAGCUUGGAAAGCUUAGACACCCACCAUGGAUGACUUUGAACGCCGCAGAGAACUCAGGAGGCAAAAGCGUGAGGAAAUGCGCCUUGAAGCAGAGAGGCUGUCCUACCAGAGAAAUGAUGAUGAUGACGAAGAAGCCGCCAGAGAACGUCGCCGAAGGGCUCGGCAGGAGAGGCUGAGGCAAAAGGAAGAAGGAGAUCUCUCAGGAGAAGUAACAGAGAAAUCAGAAGUUAAUGCCCAAAACAGCGUGGCAGAAGAGGAAAGCAAACGUUCUACAGAUGAUGAAGCUGCAUUGUUGGAGAGAUUGGCAAGACGGGAGGAGAGACGCCAAAAACGUCUACAAGAAGCCCUGGAACGUCAAAAGGAAUUUGACCCCACAAUCACAGAUGGAAGUUUGUCAGUGUCCAGCAGGAGAGAAGUAAAUAAUGUGGAAGAAAAUGAGACCACGGGGAAAGAGGAAAAGGCUGAAACACGUCGAGGACGCUAUGAGAUUGAGGAAACAGAAACAGUUACCAAAUCAUACCAAAGGAACAACUGGAGACAAGAUGGGGAAGAGGAAAAAAAAGAAGAAAAAGACAAGGAGGAGGUACAGGAAGAGAAACCAAAGGAGGUCCCCAUAGAGGAAAAUCAGGUAAAAGAUGACAAAGAAAAAGCACCUAAAGAGGAAAUGAAAAGUGUCUGGGAUCGUAAGAAAGGUGUUCCUGAACAAAAAGCACAGAAUGGAGAACGUGAACUCACUGCUCCAAAACUUAAACCUACUGAGAAUGCUUUUGGCCGCUCUGGUUUGAAAGGGACUGCAAAUGCUGAAGAAGCCAAGCCAGGACUCGAGAAGCUCAAGGAGAAGCAGCAGGAGGCAGCAGCAGAGCUGGAUGAACUGAAGAAAAGGAGGGAGGAACGCCGGAAAAUCCUGGAGGAAGAGGAGCAGAAGAAGAAGCAGGAGGAGGCUGAGAGAAAAGUCAGAGAGGAGGAGGAAAAGAGGAGGAUGAAGGAAGAGAUUGAAAGAAGAAGGGCUGAAGCUGCUGAGAAACGUCAGAAGAUGCCAGAAGAUGGUGUAUCAGAAGACAAGAAGCCAUUUAAAUGUUUCAGUCCUAAAGGUUCAUCUCUCAAGAUAGAGGAGCGAACAGAAUUUUUGAACAAAUCUGCUCAGAAGAGUGGAAUGAAGCCCACCCAGACAACAGCAGUUGUCUCAAAGAUUGACAGUAGACUUGAGCAAUACACUAGUGCAAUUGAGGGCACGAAGUCUUCAAGACCAGCUAAGCCAGCAGCUUCCGACCUUCACGUUCCAGCUGAGGGUGUCCGUAAUAUCAAGAGCAUGUGGGAGAAAGGAAAUGUUUUCUCAUCACCCUCUGGGGCAGGAACACCAAAUAAGGAAACUGCUGGACUGAAGGUUGGUGUCUCCAGUCGUAUCAAUGAGUGGUUAACCAAGACCCCAGAGAGCAACAAAUCACCUGCUCCAAAACCUUCUGAUUUAAAACCAGGAGAUGUAUCUGGCAAACGGAAUCUCUGGGAGAAGCAGUCAGUUGAGAAGCCAGCUGCUUCUUCUAAGGUAUCAGCUACGGGGAAAAAAUCAGAGACUAAUGGUUUGAGACAAUUUGAGAAAGAACCAUAG